CAAACCCAUAUCGCUAUCCCGAUCCAAUGACUCUAUAACCAUAUAAUACUUAUUGAUUCCAUCUUCAGAUCAAUCACCUCACGGAGAUUCUCCAUAAUGCCCGACACAUCCGCCCACCAACAACUUCCACCUCAGAAAACCCCCCGCUGGAUCCUCCUCGCCCUCUCCAGCGGCGCCUUCGCCGCAUUCAACGGCCUCUUCGCCAAACUAACCACAGACACCCAAACCACCGCCUUCGCCGCCUCCCUCCUCUCCCUCUUCGGCGCGGGAACCACCACCACCGAUGACCAUCCGAUCCUAAUGCUGGCUAUUAGGGGUAUCUGCCUCGCCCUCAACAUCCUCUGCAACAUCAUCAUGUGGGCGCUCUUCACGCGCGCGUUGACGGCCUCUCCCUCCACAACCAAGGUGUCUAUCACGAAUACGUCAGCCAAUUUCCUCGUCACGGCUGUGCUGGGGAUGGUGGUGUUUCGGGAGCGGGUCGGCGGGUUGUGGUGGUUGGGGGCGGCGAUGAUGGGGACGGGGUGUAUUAUUGUUGGAAUGAGGGAUGAGGAUGGAAGGUCGUAGCGUAUACAUACUCUUUUGGGCUGGAGAAUAGAAGUGUCAGUAGGGGAUGGAGAGUUUGUGUAUGUUGGAGUUGAGGGAGUUUGGGAUUUAAUGCCAGAGUGAAUCUAUCUAUGGAUCUGUGUGUGGGUGUGUGUAUUCUGGGAAGCUCAGUGGUGUGGUCUUCAUUCGUCAAGGAAAAUUAGUAGGUUUGGAUACUGUAUAUAACUACUCAGACAGCCAACCUCUCUUCGG